AUGCCUGGGAGAGUAAUGCCGACGUUUACCUCAGCUGAAGUCCAAUCUCACAAUACCGCCAAGUCAUGCUACAUCACUUUGGGGGCUAACGUUUACGAUAUCACCGAUUUCAUCGACGCCCACCCCGGUGGCGGUGAUCUCAUCUUGGAGUAUGCCGGUCAGGAUGUGAAAGAGAUCCUGAAGGAUGAGAUCUCCCAUGAACACAGCGAUGCUGCCUAUGAAAUCUUGGACGAGUACCACAUUGGUUUUGUCUCCGAGGUUCCAACGUCUGCCAAAACUACGACAACGACAACCAUCGUCGAAACCGUGACUGAAACCGAGUCUGGCCCCAUUUACACAACAACCGGAAUGUCACGGGCGGAGGAUCUGUCGAUAGACACCGACUAUACUCAGGACUACAAGACCCACAAGUUCCUAGACUUGAACAAGCCGCUUCUGAUGCAGCUGUUCUUCAGCGGCUUCUCCAAGGAGUUCUACUUGGAGCAGAUUCAUCGGCCUCGUCACUACCGGGGAGGAGAAUCCGCUCCUCUGUUCGGCAACUUCCUCGAGCCUCUCAGCAAAACGGCGUGGUACGUCGUGCCAAUGAUUUGGUUGCCACUGGUUGGCUACGGAAUUACGGUCGGAGCUGCCGGGCUGGGGAGCUCCAUUGUGGCUGGCUCCUAUUUCCUUGGUGGCUUGUUCCUCUGGACUCUGAUUGAGUAUUUGAUGCACCGAUUCCUCUUCCACAUUGACCACUACCUUCCGGACAACCGUGUCGGUCUGACCCUGCACUUCCUGCUCCACGGUAUCCACCACUAUCUCCCGAUGGACAAGUAUCGUCUAGUUAUGCCACCGACACUGUUUGUGGUCCUAGCUGCUCCUUUCUGGAAGCUGGCACACGCUGUCUUCUAUUACAACUGGUACGCGGCAACGUCGGUAUUCUGUGGCGGCGUUUUCGGCUAUAUUUGCUAUGAUCUCACCCAUUACUUCCUGCACCACCGCAAUCUCCCUUCGUACUACAAGGAGCUCAAGAAGUACCACCUCGCGCACCAUUUCGCCGAUUUCGAGAAUGGCUUUGGCGUGACCAGUCGAUUCUGGGAUCGGGUCUUCGGCACUGAGUUGGUGUCCCCAGCCCCGAAGGGCACCAAGGCUCAGUGA